AUGCAAACUCUGUUCUUCAAACUAAAGCGUCUCAAAGCUAGAUUGAAAUCUCUUAACCAUCACUUUUAUAGUGACUUAUCAGCCCGAGUUAAGCAUAAAAAGGUUGAGUUGGAACAUCAACAACUAAAAUCUUUAAGAGGAGAUGCUACCAUAUACCAAGAGCUUCAAUUACAAAGAGAGCUUCCACUCCUUGAAGAGGCUGAAAAUUUGUUUUUAAAACAAAAGGCCAAAGUUCAAUGGCUCAAAGAAAGAGACAAAUGCACCAAAUUUUUCCAUUCGGCUAUGGCUUCUAAGAACAAGAGGGACACUAUUAGAGUCCUUGUUGAUGAUCAUGGAAAUAAACUUGAAUCUUUCGAUGAUAUGGCUAAAGAAGUGAUUAGGUUUUUUACUAAGUUGAUUGGGACUGUAGAUCCAGGAGUCAAAGAAUGUGACCCCAACAUUUUAAAACAUUUGCUACAAUUCUCUUUGCCUACUGAUGCUUCCAAUGCUCUUGUAAAGAAACUUACAAAGGAUGAAAUUAAAGAGGUUUUUUUCAGUCAAGGUAAUGAUAAAGCACCAGGACCAGAUGGCUACACUCCCUAUUUUUUCAACAUUACAUGGUCUAUUAUUGAAAAUGAUGUGGUGGCUGCUAUUACUCAAUUCUUCCAGGAAUCUUUCAUGUUACCUGCUUUCAAUGCAACAAGUAUUACUCUGGUCACCCUCCUGGCACAAGAACUUGUAAAGGGCUAUGGUAGAAAAACUAUUUCCCCACGAUGUUCACUGAAAAUCGACCUUCAUAAAGCUUUUGACUCUCUACACUGGGGCUUUAUUUCUACUGUCCUAACUGCUAUUGGACUCCCUAGAGCUUUCAUUAACUGGAUUGCAGCUUGUUUCUCUGUUGCUCGUUAUUCCAUUUCAUUUAAUGGAACCUUAAUUGGUUACUUCAAAGGUGCAAGAGGUCUCAGACAAGGUGACCCUAUUUCACCUCUCUUAUUUGUCCUAUCCAUGAACGUACUCUCUAAAUUACUUAACAAGGCUGCUCAAAGAGGAUUAUUUGGUUAUCACCCUCGUUGCAAAAAAAUUGAGUUAACUCAUCUUAACUUUGCUGAUGACUUACUUAUUUUCUGCAAAGGAAAUGUGGAGUCUGUUGUGGGUGUUAUUAGUGUUUUAGAGCAGUUUUAUGAAAUUUCUGGUCUCAAACUAAAUGCUCACAAAUGUGAAUUAUUUGCUGCUGGAAUUUCACCAAGUUGCUUGCCAGUUAGAUAUUUGGGUGUUCCCUUGGUAUCGAGGAAGCUUUCAGAUAAAGAUUGUGUGACUCUUAUUGACAACAUCAGGGAUCGUUUACACAAGUGGUCUAGAAGACAUUUGAGCUAUGUUGGUAGAUUAGAACUUAUUAAAUCUGUUAUGUUGAGCAUUACAAAUUUAUGGUGUAGACAGCUUAUUCUGCCACAAUCUGUGCUUAGCCGAAUUGAGCAGCUAUGUUCGCGUUUUUUCUGGAAAGGUUCGGACAAGUCUGCUACUGGUGCGAGAGUAAGCUGGGAAAAGCUUUGCCUCCUUAAAUCUGAAGGAGGGCUUGGACUUAAGGACAUCAAAUCCUGGAAUAAUGCUUGUAUGAUGCAUUUGAUCCGAAAUUUACUAGCGAGUGAAGGUUCCUUGUGGAUUGCCUGGAUCAAAAAUUAUGCAAUCAAGGAUUCCGAUUUUUGGAAUAUGAACGAUUCUAUUAAUACUACUUGGAGCUUUCGACGCUUACUUAGAAUGAGACUCCAAGCUUUCCAUGUGCUAACAUCCGGUGUGCAGAAAAUUAAGGAUAUUUGGCUACUGAUUCGAAACAAAGGGGCAAAAGUGGCGUGGCGCAAACUGAUCUGGUUCCCUCUCCAUAUUCCUAAGUUUAGUAUUAUUGCAUGGAUGGCCUUAUUAGACAGACUCCCAACUAAAGACAGACUGAAACGUUUUGGGUUUGAUAUCGAUGACAAAUAUGUGCUUUGUAAUGACUCGAUGGAAACUAGAGAUCAUUUAUUCAUUCAAUGUCCUCUGGCUAUUUCUCUAUGGGAUGCGGUUAUCAUUCUCAAUAGCAUGCGAAGGACAUCACGUACAUGGGGAAAUCACUUAGCUUGGGAUUGUGAUGCUUGGAAAGGUAGAUCCUUGCUCACUACAAUUUUGAAAUUAGCUUGGACAACAUUUAUUUAUACUGUUUGGGAGGAGAGGAACAAGAGGCUAUUCCAGGGAUGCUCACGGAAUUUUGAAGCAUUACUCUAUGUUGUAAAACACAUUGUUGUUAUCCAACUAAGGGGUAGAAGUAUUAAUAGGAAUGAUAGUGUUAAUACUAUGAUUUGUAAUCAUUAG